AUGAACAACAUCAAUUCGCUUCCGAAUUCUCCACGAGCUACUAGUUCACCGGCUGUGUCAGUAAAUGCCCAGAAUACAUUUUAUAACCAACAGAUGCUUCUACAGCAGCAGUAUAUGCAAAUACCAUCGCUUUAUGGUAGUCAGCAAACGGGAGGAAUCAUGUUACAACAGCAUCCGGUGGAUAUCCAGACAUUCCAACAGCAGCAGCAUCUAUUACAAGUUAUGCAACAGCAGCAACAACAGCAGCAAGCAUUGCAGAAUCAUCAACGUAGUUUAGGACUUCACGAAUCACAAACUUUUGCACAGCAACAGGUUGUGCUGCAACAGCAACAAUAUCAGCGUGCAUUACAACAAGCAGCACAGCAGCAACAAGUUUGUGUUUCAAUUACUAAUCAACAAAGGCAAUUGGAACAGCAACGUUUGUUAGAACAACAACAACGGCAACUUGACCUCAUGCAUCAAGAACGUGAAGCAGCUCGAUUGAAGCAGCAGCAAGAUGAAUUGUUACGUCAAAAAGCCGAAGCAUUGGCACGUCAGCAGCAAGAGGAAGAGGUUCGGCGAAUAGCUUAUGAAAAAGAGCAACAAUUUAAGCAGCAGCGAGAAGCACAUGAAAGAUUACGUUUGGAGCAACAGCGAAUUUUGGAAGAACAAAAACGGCAGGAAGAGGCUCGAAAACUUGAGGAGCAACGCAAAGAAAUAGAAAAAGUGCGUGCAAUACGAGAGCAACAAAGUCGAAAGCAACGUGAAGCACGUGAAGCUUUCAACAUAAUGAAAGAAAAAGCCGACAGUUUUCCCAUACCCAUACAUCUGGCUGGUUGUCAUACACUUACCAAAUUGGUGAAUCAUUUACCGUUUCCGUCUCUUUAUUUGCCUUACACGAACAACCUUAAAUGUGAAACUAUAAAUGUAUUACCACGAAUUGGACCUACACAGAAAGAAAUUUUAAUACAAGCCGUUGAAGCUAUUUCACAAGUUGAAACUUCCGAUGUGAUAUUGAAACAUGAAGAUGGUGAAACGAAUGAUUUUGAUAUGCAUGCAGCACCUUGUUUUGUGCGCGAAUUGUAUGAAAUCAACAAUCAGGCAUUUGACGUUGAUAUCCCUGAAAGUGUCGUAGCUCCUGAAAUAAUAGAUGUAGCAGCUAACACUUCUAUUGAAACUGAAGCAGAUGUAAUGGAAAGAUCAGCGGAACUUCAAGAACAAAUUACGCUUGUGAAGGAAGAUCUUGUGGAAACAAAUGGUAGAACUGAUGUCAAAUCGCUGAAAAUGGGGACAGCAAUUGUUUCCGAAACACAUACACCAUCUUUCUCAGAUAUAUCGAAAUCGACUACAGUACAGGAGGAUGAGCAGCAAGUCCAAUUACGUCGACAAAUUGUUUCUCUUGGAAAGCAACCGAAAGCUCAACAAAUACGCAGGAAAAAGGAUAUGGUUGAAUCGUUAUUCGACUCUCUGACUGGUUAUUUUGACCCGACUGAAGGUCGCCGACGCAGACAGCGAACAAAGACAUAUGAGGAAGAACAAAACGAAAAAGUACAAAUGGAACUUUUCGCACAAAUGGAGAAAGUAGAUGCUAAUGAGAAAGAAGAAAAAGGGUCUGCGAAAAUUGAGCACCGUCCGGAUCAUGCUGGAACAUCUAAAGAAGGAUCAACGGAAAACGAUGAGAAACCUAAAUUUUUCGAAGGACACAAAAAAGGUCGUAAAAGAGUCCGAGAAAAAACUUUUGAGCAACCAGAAAGACCGCCUACACCAACAGAAGUGAUUCAACAACGAGAAUUAGAAUGGCGUGAACGCCAACGUAAACGACGUGAAAAGCAUAAACGUCGGCAGAAUGAAUCGGAAUCUGAAUGUUGGAAUAAUGAAGUUAUGGCAGAGAAAGAAUCGUACAUCAAAUUCACCACUAUUAUUGAUCAAAUUUUUGAAACUAUUGAUGAACAGGAUUUCGUUCCAACAACAAACGCAGAUGAUGAUUGUGGAAUGCCACAAGACUUUUUGGACAAAGACCAGCUCGAAGAAUUGCGCCAGGAAGCGCAAAAAUUGAAGUCGUGGAAGAAAAUCAAUAAAGUCAAUCCAGAACGUCUAGUAAAACUUUUGACAAUUCUGGAAAAGAAUAUCCGUGAUAUAAUCGGUGCAGAAGGGGAACAGUCACUCAUUACCCUUUUUAAUGAGGAAGAUGAAGACGAUUCAAAUGAAGCAUAUCGUGAAGCAAUCGGUGAUCGUAUAAUGCGUGCAGCUGAUGCAUCUUGUACAGCAAUGCUUAUAAUGACAUCUACGAAAAUGCCGAAACAAGUAUUUAUCGAAGACCCAAUUGAUCGUUCCAUACAACUCUGCAAGCAAUUUCUUAACAAUAUUGUUUAUCCGACAUCCGAUAGCUCAUGUAGUACUUCUAAUAAAGGACGAAAGAAUGAAGAUAGAAAACGAAAAAAGUCUAUAAGUAAUGCUCGAUCCCGCAUUAUCAAAAACAUUUACACUCGUGUUACUGAACUUGUCGGAUGCUUUGCUGAGCUCGUUCGUACUCAAUCCUUAACAGAUACAGCUGUACUGCAGCUAUGUACUUUGGCAUCUGGACCAUUCUUUAUAGAUAAUGUUGGUGAAUUACAAAUGCAAUCUAUCAAACUUCUUUCGGCCAUUUUUUCGCGUUACGAAAAUUUUCGAAAAAGCAUCAUUCAAGAUUUGCUCAGUUCUGUUCAUCGUCUACCUCCGAUAAAAACUUCCAAAAAUAGUUAUCGUAUGACUGCUGAGGAUUGGAUCAGUAACAUGACUGUUCUUAUUAUGCAGCUUGUGCAAAGUGUUGUGAAGGUUCCAAGGCGUCGACGUUCUGAUGAACCUUUUGACAUUGGUGAAGAAACAACAGUUGAUGAUACUGUAGUCAAAGAUUCUGUAGUUGAAUGUCAAAAAAUGGCAUCAUUGUUUCUCAGUGGAUUCCUAGCUAAGUGCACAGCCAAGUCAGAAGAAGAUUACCGACGUCUAUUCGACCAGUUUGUACAUGAUUUGCUCACUGCUUUAUACAAACCUGAAUGGCCCGCCGCUGAAAUGCUCUUGACGUUACUAGGAAAUGUUCUGGUCACUUUCUACCGUUCAAAAAAUGUUGAUAUGUCAUUGAGAAUUGCCAGUUUGGAUUAUUUGGGUACAGUAACUGCUUCACUGCGUAAGGAUAUGCAGCAGGCUAUUUCGGACGAUAUUCGGUUGGAUGUAGUUGUUAAAACACUUCUGUAUGAAGAGCUUGAGGAGGAGGAACAGACCGGCGAUAUCGAUACUAUUGAUAUCAGUCAUAUGUCACCAGCCGACAAGAUGAAGAAGGUUCAACGAGCCUUGAUUGAUUAUCUCGUUGAAAGAAGAGGUGAUGCUGAUGUUUCCAUCGAGUAUGCGAUAAUGUUUUAUGUGGGUAUUUGGUAUAAGGAAGUGUAUGAAGAAGCAGAAUCAGCAAAGCAAAAGCUGAAGCAGAUUAUGAAUAGUUCCGAAAUCAAUGAUAAAGAAAAGCGCAAAUUUGAAAAGAAAUCUGCAAGGGUUCUGGAACGAUGUCAGUUAAUGAAAAUAUUUCUUAUCAAAACUGCUGACAAAAAGCAUAUGAGGAAACGUGCUGAACAAAUUGCACGUACUGGUAGCAUUUUGAUGGAUAGCGAUGCGUCGUGGCUUGUAAGAUUCCUGGCUUCAAGUCGGGAAUUCAGCCAAUCGUUUUCCACAUACCUCAAUCAUAUUUUGUAUGGCAUACAUGCAGAACAGGCAGUGGGUUUAAGGACCAAAGCAAUGCGAUGCUUAACCUUGAUCAUUGAAGCAGAUCAUGCGGUUUUAAAAAUUCCUGAGGUACGCAAAGCAGUGCAAGCAAGGAUGAUGGAUCCGAAUGCAGCAGUUCGUGAAGCGACCAUUGAACUCAUUGGGAAGUAUUUGAUUGCGAAACCUGAAUAUGUCCCCCAAUACUAUCCAUUAUUAAUUGAACGUAUCAAGGACUCUGGUGUAGCAGUUCGGAAGCGUAUAAUACGUAUAUUGCGUGAGAUUUGCGAAAAGCAGCCUGAUUACGAAAAAGUGCCAGAAAUGUUGGCACGGAUCGUACGUCGUAUAUCGGAUGAAGAAGGAGUAAAGAAAUUAACUAUUGAUACAAUGCAAAGCUUGUUGUUUCAAUCUGCUCGUGAACGAGAUUCUAUUCAGCUAAUCAAUAAGUUAUGGUUUAUCUCCUCUCUAUUGUGA